AAAGAGGUGGAUGAGACGCUCACCACCAACCUAUGGCUUGAGCACGCCUGGACCGAUUACCGCCUGCAGUGGAACAAGUCCGAGUUUGGGGACAUCGAGGUGCUCCGCCUGCCACCAGACAUGCUGGCGUGGCUGCCCGAGAUAGUCCUGGAGAACAACAACGAUGGGCUCUUUGAGAUCGCGUACUACUGCAACGUCCUCAUCUACAACACGGGCUAUGUCACCUGGCUGCCACCCUCCAUCUUCCGCAGUGCCUGUCCCAUCAACGUUGGCUUCUUCCCCUUCGACUGGCAGAACUGCACCCUCAAAUUCAGCUCGCUGGCAUACAGUGCCCUGGAGAUCAGCAUGCACUUGAAGGAGGAUACUGACCCAGAGACGGGCAAGAAUUACCCAGUGGAGUGGAUCAUCAUCGACCCUGAAGGCUUCACAGAGAACGGGGAAUGGGAAAUCAUCCACCGGCCAGCCCGCAAGAACAUCCACCCUGACAACCCCCCCGAGAGCAGUGAGCACCAGGACAUCACCUUCUACCUCAUCAUAAAGCGCAAGCCGCUCUUCUAUGUCAUCAACAUCGUCACGCCCUGUAUCCUCAUUGCUUUCAUGGCCAUCCUUGUCUUCUACCUGCCUGCUGACAGUGGUGAGAAGAUGACCCUGGUGAUCUCGGUGCUCCUGGCCCAGUCUGUAUUCCUUCUGCUCAUCUCCCAGCGCCUGCCUGCCACCUCCCAUGCUGUCCCCCUCAUCGGCAAGUACCUGCUUUUUAUCAUGCUGCUGGUGACAGCCGUGGUGUUGAUCUGUGUUGUGGUCCUCAACUUCCAUUUCCGCACUCCCAGCACCCACAUCAUGUCUGACUGGGUCAAAGAGGUCUUCCUGGAGACCCUGCCCCGUCUGCUGGGCAUGUCGCAGCCGGCCGAGAGCCCAGUGGGCACCCCGUGCAUCCGGCGCUGCAGCUCGGCCGGCUACAUUGCCAAGGCAGAGGAGUACUUCAGCGUCAAGUCCCGCAGCGAGCUCAUGUUUGAGAAGCAGUCGGAGCGGCACGGGCUGGCCAGCCGCAUCACCCCUGCCCGUUUGGCACCGUUGGACACAGGCGAGGAGCAGCUCUACGAGCACAUAAAACCCGUUGUUGAUGGCGCCAACUUCAUCGUCAAGCACAUGCGGGAAAAAAACAGCUACAACGAGGAGAAGGACAACUGGAACCGUGUGGCCCGGACCCUGGACCGCCUCUGCCUCUUCCUUGUCACCCCCACACUGGUGGUGGGCACCCUCUGGAUCUUCCUCAUGGGCAUCUACAACCACCCGCCACCGCUGCCCUUCGCUGGAGAUCCCUAUGACUACCGGGAGGAGAACAAGCGCUUCAUCUAG